GAGGGACCUGUGGUGGCAAGGCUAAUAUGGCUGCAGCGCUCUAUGGUGGCGUGGAAGGAGGUGGCACACGGUCCAAAGCCCUUUUACUUUCCAAGGAUGGGCAGAUCCUGGCAGAAGCAGAUGGAUUGAGCACAAACCACUGGCUGGUUGGCACAGACAAGUGUGUGGAGAGGAUCAACGAGAUGGUGAGCACAGCCAAACAAAAGGCUGGAGUGGAUCCUCAGGUACCCCUUCGAAGCCUGGGCCUGUCCCUGAGUGGUGGGGAGCAGGAGGAAGCAGUGAGGCUCCUGAUAGAGGAGUUGAGGGGCCGAUUUCCCUACCUGAGUGAAAGUUACAUAAUCACCACUGAUGCAGCAGGUUCCAUCGCCACAGCUACACCGGAUGGUGGGAUUGUCCUCAUCGCUGGGACAGGCUCCAACUGUAGGUUUGUCAACCCUGAUGGCUCUGAAAGUGGCUGCGGUGGCUGGGGCCAUAUGAUAGGAGAUGAGGGCUCAGCCUUCUGGAUUUCACACAAAGCUGUGAAAAUCGUGUUUGACUCUAUCGACAAUCUGGAGGCAGCUCCUCAUGAUAUUGGCUAUGUCAAGCAGGCCAUGUUCAACUAUUUCCAGGUGUCAGAUCGGCUAGGAAUCCUCACCCACCUGUAUAGGGACUUUGAUAAAUCCAAGUUUGCUGGGUUUUGUCAGAAAAUUGCAGAAGGUGCACAGCAGGGAGACUCCCUUUCCCGGUACAUCUUCAAGAAGGCUGGAGAGAUGCUGGGCAGACACAUUGUGGCGGUUUUGCCAGAGAUUGACCCGGUCUUGUUCCAAGGGGAGCUUGGCCUCCCCAUUGUGUGUGUGGGCUCAGUGUGGGAGAGCUGGGAGCUGCUGAAGGAAGGCUUUCUCCUGGCGCUAACCCACGGCAGAAAACUACAGGCCCAGAGCUCCUUAUCCCGAUUCACCCUGAUGAAACUACGGUACUCUUCUGCACUGGGGGGUGCUAGGCUGGGAGCCAAGCACAUUGGAUACCACCUUCCCUUGGACUACAGCAUCAAUACUGUUGCCUUCUAUUCCUAUACCUUCUAGGGGCUGUACCCUCUCCCCCAUCUAGCUGACACUGAGUGUUAGAACAGAGGAGCUUUUUGUUAAAAACACAUGAAAGAAAAUAAAUGCACUUUACUCCCUC